ACCCCACCUUAUUCCUGACUUUGGACAACACCAGGCAAUUUGCCAUUUGCUUUUCAAGGGAACUCAUCCUAACGAAAAACCGCCUCCCGAAACUUUACCAACUCUUUUAGUUAAGAUGGUCGCUAAAGUUCCUAGGAACUUUCGCUUGCUCGAAGAGCUAGAGAAGGGCGAGAAAGGGUUGGGUGCUGAUGGUUGCUCUUAUGGUCUACAGGAUGGAGACGACGUGAUGAUGUCUAACUGGAAUGCUACCAUUCUGGGACCUCCCCACAGCACCCACGAGAACCGCAUUUACAGUUUGAAAAUACACUGUGGAGAUUCCUACCCAGACGAACCCCCGGUGGUCCACUUUAUAUCUAAAAUCAAUCUUCCCGGUGUUGAUCCUAAUAAUGGCAAGGUCGACCUACUCAAACUGGGUCGUGUGAGCCAAUGGAACAGGGAUAACACUAUGGAGAAAAUCCUUGUGGCUUUGAGGGAACACAUGGCCAGCCCGAAUAACAGAAAGGUCCAUCAGCCCCCCGAAGGUACUACCUUUUAAUUUUCGCGUAUUUUCAUUUUACUAUCAUACUAUUAUGGAUGCAUGAGCUUCCUAGGGGUUUCUCGGUUCUGUGUUUGGCAAUUCAAGUAGUUACAUGGCUUCUGCCAUAUAGGCUUGCCGUGCUCUCUCGAUCUCAUAUCGGUGUCUGUUUCAGAGACAAGAUGCCAACACGGCAAAUACUUGUACUAUGUAGGUACAGACCGGUCG